AUGGAUGCACAAGACGUCAUUGACAUGGUCGAGUUGGAUGAUUUUACGGUCAAGGAAGUGCAGACUGGCUGGAAGAUCAUGGACCAGAAGGGUGCCUUCUUGGAGUUCUUCGAGAGUUUGAAAGGAGUGGCUCCUCGCUCGGCGCCGAUGCUAAAGCGUGCCCAUGCCGCGUGGGAAGCCUUCGGGAAGCUCGUUGCUGGGCUUGGCGAGGCAAGCCAGCUGCGAUCAAGCAUGGAGUUUUGUGCUCUCAGGCACAUGAGUGUGGCUCUUCAGCAGUCUGAUGUGGACAGCUUCAAAGCGGUUCUUCUCGAUGUGUGCAGCAACAAGCUUGCGGCCCUCCUCACACCAGAGUUCCAGUUCGGUGUCUCAAUGCUGGUUGAUUCAAUGGGCAGGACUAUGCUUCGCACCCGGAACAAGUUCGAGACGCGUCUGCGAAUCCUGCACACAAGCUGGACUGCCUUGGAACACUCGGAGGGCGAGAAGGUAGAUGUUGAUUCGCCUUGUCCGCCUGACUCUCCCGAUGAAGAAGGUGAACCGCAGAGUGAUGACAACGGCCCCGUGUCGCCUAGUGAGAGGAGUACGGGCGAGCGCAAGCACAGGAAGAGCUUGGCCAGUGUAGGAUCCGUUCAUGUGCCACGGUCAUUCCAUGACAUGGUUCUUUUCAACGCUUCCGUGAUGAACAUGGGCGAGAAUACCUGGUUUGAAGAGAUGCUCCGAUCCCUCCGAGCGCUCGUGCCGAACUGUGGAAACAUCUCCAGGUUGCAAGAAGAAUGUGAUUUGCUCUGCUUGGCAUUGGUGCAUUGUGAAAAUGUUGAGCUCAGCAACUUCAAGCAGGUCAUGCUGGCAUCCCUUCGAUCCCUUCUCCCUUCGCAGUGGAACAUGGAGCACGAGAAUGCUUGGUCCUGGUUUUGGGACGGUGUAGAGACGAGGUUGACGACCGGCAUGCCACUUUCCUCUGUUUACAUGAAUCACUUGCAGUCUUUCUUACGAAUGGACGAGGAAGCUUGCUCUGCUUUCAAGAUGGAGGUGUUCGAGACUUUCUUUGCCACCUGCGAGCAGUCACAAGAGUACCUAAAGGCAUCCAACGCCAAGCUGCAGUUCAUUGCAGGGAGGAUCCUCGACAUCAUGACGGACAUGUUCCGAACCCCGCAGUCCGCCGUGAAAGACAUCUCCGCCCUUGGCUUGCUUCAUGCUGGAUACGGGGUGCGGGAAGAGCUCAUUCAGCCAUUCGUCACUGCUUUCAUGACCGCCGUGAAGAAUGCCUGUCCGGAGGAAAGCUGGAUAACGGGUGUCCGGUGGACCUUUGAAGUGGUCAGCCGCACUUUAGCCCGGACCAUGGCGGAGGGCUCUACUGCCGUCAUGCGCUCCAUCACCAAAAACUCCGCCAAACAGCUCGAGGAAGCUGUAGCCUCAGCACCCAGAGGACAGCGGGAGCAGAUGCUGCUACGGGUGCAGGUGGGUACGGAGUCCAUCUCUCCAGUUCUCUGGGCCAUCCAAUCUGGUGCCUUGCAUUCCGCAGAGGCCAUCCUUAAGGACUUGUUGACCAUCCGUGCCGACCGUGCCCGCUACUACUAUGGUAUGGAGGGCUUGUGGGACCGGCACCCGGACAUCGUCCCGCUGCUAUGCAAGCAGGCACCCUCCCUGAUGGAGCCAUUGCUAGAUGGCUUGAUGUGGCGAUCCAAGCAGAUCAAGGGCGGCGUGCGUAGGGUGAACUACUACAUCAGCCGUAUCUUGGUGGAGGAAGGGGGGCUGGCCCCUUCUAUGCAUCAACUGGUCAAGCACAGUGACCCUACUUUGCUGUGUCACCCAUGCACACGCUUUGUUUUCGAUCUCCUUUGGGCCAAAAUGUGCUGCUUUGCCUUCAUCGUCACCAAGCUGUGGUUCGUGCUCACUCUGGUGGACUUCGUUGUCGGCUUGCAGUAUGGGAUCCUCAUGUUCGAUUCAGCUGGGCCCGGCAGAUGGGCAUUGAUCGGCUGCAGACUGUUCAUGUACAUCUUCAGCUUGGGCCAGCUGUUUAUCAAACAUACUACGCAGUUUGCACAUGCCUACAAGGAGGGCCGGACACUGCGGUGUUUCAAAUGCUUCAGGGUGCCUGCAUACCUUUUCUCUUCCAGACAGGAGUUCGUGGAGUUUGUCUUGGCGGUCUUUUUGUUUGCCAUGUUAACGAUGGAGCCUUUCCUUCAUUGCCUCAAUGUCGAUGAUCGGUUCGUCACGAACUGUUGCGAGCACGGUGAAUUCUAUUGCAGCCUCUCUGACAACUACGACCGCAUCUCCACGAUCCCCAUGCUUCUGUACUUCAUCUUGGCCUCAGACCUCGUUCAUCUCAACAUCCAUUUGUCCAGCUUCGUCGUGAUUUGCACGAGCCUUUGGUGGGAGUUUGUUCUCUACUUGGGCGCGUUGGGAUUCGUGGCAACAGCGUUCGCCAGCGCCAUUGCGUGCCUCCCACAGACAGGGGCUGAUGACAGCGUUCAGCUUCGUGACUUCUACCACUGGCCGUCUGCAUUCCAGUCGCUCCUCUCAAUGUCGCUCAGCAUGUACAGCGGAAACAGCUUCGAGGAGAUCAACACUGCAACAGAGGUGCCCCUGAAGUGGUGGAUCAUAGCAUUCGGGGCUUGUUGGCACAUCUUCCUCACGAACUUGAUGAUUGCACACUUCUGUGAGUCCUACCGUGGCAUCUUCCAAGAUGCUAUGGGCCAUGCCUGGCUAACACGCGGCACUCUCAUCUUGGAGACAGCGAUGCCCCUGGUUUCCCUCAAGAAAUGGAAGGGAUUCGUGGAGUCAUUGAAGCUCGAGGAGCCCUGUGAGCUCGACGAGGGGGAUGUGGGACCACGUGGAGGCGUGGCCACCGCAGAAGGCCCUUUCGAACACCUAAAGAGUCCCGGCGUGGAGUUGGAUCGGGUCCGGCGCUUCGGUGGCCUCGCCUCCAUUGAGCUUCCCUGGCCCGAGGAGAAGGCAGACAAGGAGGACGACUCCGAAAAGCUUCAGAAGAUGACCUGUCAAAGGUUCGAUGAGCAGGACCGCAUGUUGAGGGAGAUCUGCAUCAAGCUUGGAAUCCGAGCCUCCGGCUUGACAGGCUCCUCACCGGGAUCCAUCAUGGCCCAGUCACAGGCUUCCGAUAGGCCCAAGGCAAGAUUCGAUGUGCUCGAAGGAUCGAGCUCCAUCCCGGCAGAGGAUGUCCUGGAAGAGAACAGCGAUGCCACGGAACUCGUGGAGGAUCCGAGUCGCCACAACAGCAUGCAGAGCCCAAAGAGCUUCGGUCGCCUUGGCAGCCAGCCCUUCACUUCUGACCCGGUGGUCGACUGA